AGUAAAUUACAGUUAAUGUUCAAUCAGUGGCCAUGCGAUGCCAUGAGAGGUGAUCAAAUAAAAUCAAAUUGAAUAUAACAACUCAGAAGCUUCAGAUCACUAAUACGACUACGAAUUACGGAACUGAGGGGAUUAGGUCCGAUAUGGGGUUCUCGGUUACCACGCUAGUUUUCGCAGUGAUUGGAAUCGUCGCGUCCCUUUGUACCAGAAUUUGUUUCAACAGAGGACCUUCCUCUAAUCUAUUUCACCUAACCUUGGUUCUUACUGCAACAAUAUGCUGCUGGAUGAUGUGGGCGAUCGUAUAUCUAGCACAGAUGAAACCGCUCAUUGUACCUAUUCGGAGUGAGGGUGAAUAACUUUCUGCAUAAACAGAUGCCAACACUUAAGAAUGUGAGUCGCUGGUUGGACGCUGGAGAGGAGUUGAUUUCAGCUCUCAUAAAUCGUUAGUAUUUUUUGUGGGUGGAUCUGUAUGUAUUCUUGUUGGACAGUGGCGUUACAUUGGGUCUUACAUGCUGGCAUUACUCAUGUUACAAUUGUUGUAUUCUACCCUUGUUCAUUCCUGAAGUCAGUAUAGUGGUAUUAAGUAUGUAUUUUGGUGAAAUAAGUUGAUACAGGAAAAUUA